AAUUUCAGAGUCGUUGCCAUGGAUAAUAAGAUGCGACCGGCCAAUCAGCUGUAUGAUGUCAUUGAACUUCAGGAUCCAAAUAGUAACAGGAUUGGACAGUGGCUAAAUGAAACAUCCAAUAGCAGAAUACUGCAGCUUUCUUACUCCUUGGACACUGAGGCCCGUGAGGGACCGUACCAGAUCAUUGUGUCAAUGGGUGAGAGGAAAAUAUCUCACAAUUUCAAAGUGGAGAAAUAUGUUUUACCCAAAUAUGAUGUGACACUAAAUAUAUCUGAAGAAGUGCUUAUUGGGCAGGAAGACAUUGAAGCUGAAGUGUGUGCAAAGUACACGUACGGACAGCCUGUACCAGGACGUGUUACAGUUAAUGUGUGCCGACCUAUUAAUAGGUAUAGCAGUUUUGGUAUAUCGCUGUACGAUUACGAGCUUAUGGCCCUAUCGCAGAUGCGUGGCUCCUGCCACACAGAGACAAAGCAGGCAGACAAGACUGGCUGUGCAACUUUUUCCUUCAACAUGUCAAUUUUUACUAAAAUGGACGAAAAGCUUCAAGAUGUUCUGGAUAUCAGGGCCAAAGUGGAAGAAGAGGGAACAGGUGUUUCACUCCCACAAGAGAAGAGAGUCACGAUUUCUUAUGUCCUUGGAAAAGUGUCUUUCAUUAACAUGCCCAAGGUUUGGGAACGGGGAUCUAAUGUGGAAGGAAAAGUCAGAGCAGUGUACCACAAUAAUACACCAGUUUGUGACGCACCGGUCUACCUGUUCACGGGACAACUGUGGCAAACACGCUCACUACAAAAUCUGACAACUGACAGCAACGGUGUGGCCUCAUUUUCUUUCAACACUGAUAACUUUGACCAGGAUAUCCAACUCCAUGCAAGCCUGACACCAACACUGGGCUACCCAGGAUAUAGAACUGCACACUAUGACAGGGGAUUUCACACAUUAUCCAUGUUCCAGCCGUCUUCUCCUUACAUUAAAACAAUCAGCUCUCUAGAGGUACAGAAGAAGGACAAACCAUUGCCCUGUGAUGAAGAAGAAGACAUAUCAGUCAACUACACUAUAGUGGGAGAGUCUCCGGGGUCUGUGGAUGUCAUUUAUCUGGUGUUGUCCAGAGGAGCUGUCAUCAUGCAAGGACAAACACAGGUUCAAGUGCAAGAUAGAUCGGUGACUGAGGGCCAGGUGUCCUUUAAAGUCAGAGUGUCUCCUGAGAUGUCACCAGAGUUCCAGCUUGUGGCUUAUGCCGUCCUGCCAAGUGAGGAUGUAAUUGCCCACAGUGCCAACUUCUCUACUGACAAAUGCUUCAGCAACAAGGUGUCAGUGGAGUUUUCACCGUCUUCAGCCGUCCCAGGUGAAGAGACCAACAUGCAGGUGACGGCCCUGCCACGUUCUCUGUGUGGUGUGAGCGCCAUCGACAAGAGUGUUCUCAUCAAGGAGCCUGGGAAGACUCUGGAUGCAGAUAAGAUAUUUGACUUGCUUCCACUCAAGAAAUCCUCAUAUAUCCCAUAUGAGGUUGAUGAUGCUACAGAAUGCCUUAAUGUGAGACCAAAAAGAUAUGUUUUGUCGUACCCCAGUCAAGAGCAAAAUGACGCCUAUGCAGUUUUCCAGAAAGUCGGACUGAAGAUGGCGACAAACUUGAUUUUUCGAUUGCCUUCAUGCCUCAAGUUCAAAGGAAAAUUUUACCAUGAUGGCCCUCAUGUCGCCUACGCUAUUGCUCUGGACUACGGUCCCCGGUUAGAAGAUGAUCCCAUACAUGGACUAAGUAGUCCUGGUCUGGGAUCUGCUGUCCAACUUCCUCCACCAAUAGAGACAGCUCGCUCUUUCUUCCCUGAGACUUGGAUCUGGGAUCUGGUGGAAGUUGGAGACGAUGGAAAAAGGGACGUGUCCCUGACUGUCCCAGACACCAUCACCACCUGGGAGACGGAGACUUUCUGUUUGUCCUCUCAGGGUUUUGGUUUGGCUCCUCGUAAAGAAAUGAAAGUCUUCCAACCUUUCUUCCUUGAACUCACCAUGCCCUACUCCAUCAUCCGGGGGGAGCACUUUGAACUGAAGGCGACUGUCUUUAACUACCUGACCAGCUGCAUCAUGGUUACUGUCACUCCUGGGCCAUCCUCAGAUUACACCCUCAAGCCUCUCUCUGGUGAUCUAUACACAUCCUGUUUGUGUGCCAACAAGCGCAAGACCCUCAGGUGGACCAUGAUCCCAACAGCCUUAGACUCCUUCUUCCAACCCACCUCCUGCACAUCUCUCCACCUUUCCCAUGUUACUCAGGCUCCAUCCAAGCCUCCAUCUUCAUCUCCAUGACCAGCGUCUAGACUUCGGGGGUCCUGCCUAAUCCUUCUCACUGAUAGGAAUCCAUUCAACUGUCAAUGGCCAUCAGAGUCCAAUCACCAAACAGCUGGACUGAAUUCUGUUAAUCAAUGAAUCCUGUUGAGUUCAGCAUACUUAUCUCCCCUUAUUUGUUAGGUUGGAUAUCUCUGGGAUGGUUUGAUAGCUCCUUCAAGGACAGGGACUCCGGUCAUAGAAUAGGCACAGAGGGUUAGUUCCAGAUCUACUUUAAUGAGUCUUAAUCGGGUGAACCAGAGGUAAGUAUCAUGGCAAAUAACAAACCAGCUGAAGGUAGUUGACAGUGAUCACACAAUUACCCAGAGACACACUAAACCAUCUGCUGAAGUUUGAUCUGCUGAUGUGGAACAAAUUUAUGUCACAGAGCAGUGGUGGCUGCUGCCUCAACACACUGAGGAGGACAGAAGGAAAACCCAGUCAUGGACAGAUUUC